GCGUUGUUUUCGACUUCCAAUAAACCCAAAACCCCAAAUCAAGCAAUCCCUAGUCGGGUCUCUUUCUCUUAUUUUUGGUGCUGUAUUGCUUGCUCCAGCCUUUGGAUUAAGGGUUGGUGAUUUUGUACAGAGUUAAAGAAAUGCCUCUAUAUGAUUGUAUGCUUCUAUUGAAGCCUCAUGUGAAGAAGGAGGGCAUAAUGGACUUGGUUGCUCGUGUCGGUAGACAUGUUCAUAGCAGAAAUGGGGUUCUCACUGAGGUCAAAUCAUUUGGCACCGUUCAAUUGGGUUAUGGCAUCGGAAAGCUUUCUGGAAGAUAUUUCCAGGGUAAUCUCAUGCAGAUGACAAUGAUGGCCACACCCAAUAUCAACAAGGAGCUGCAGUACUUGAACAAGGAGGACAGGCUGUUACGUUGGCUUUUGGUUAAGCAUCGUGACACAAAACAUGGGCUGGAAUUCCUUAAUGAAGAUGAUGGGGAAUUGGAGCUCAGCAAACUCCCUCGAGGCAGCUUAUUAAACAUUGAUGAGGAUGACGACAACGACGACGACGACGACGAAGAAUAUGAUGAGAACCCAGGGGAGGGCGGAGAACACUGAUUGGUAAAAGAUUUUGAUAAUCUGAGGAUAUUCCAGAACACUGAUAGAUGAUUGAAGUUCAUAGACUAUGUUCUUUGUCUUUAUAGUUUGAAUGGUCUGAAAUAUCUUUGUUUUGUGGGUCUGACAAGACCAGAAGAAAUAUAGGGUAUUGAGAACAUCUUUUAAUAAAUUAGCAUGUUUAAUUAUUUUAUUC